AUGAGCACAAGUCAGCCGAUUGUGAAACCCUUCAUCUACCUUCGCAUUCCUAGCGAGGAUGUGAAGCCGGUGGAGGAGCUGCAUUUCAAUGGCCACAACGAGGCUGAGCUGCGACACACAUUGACGCGGUUCUUUCGCCAGUCGCUGCUUUCGGAUGACCAGAAGACAGACAUGGCGCGCCACUUGACCGACAAAGUGAAUGAAAGCGCAAAGAAGCGCGCGGAGAAGGAGGCCAACGGCGCCGGCAGUGGCGCUGAGCCGCCAGUAGACGUGGAGCAACAGCAGGCGAGCAUGAUUGAUCAGUAUCUGGACCAAGCCUCCUACGAGAUCAUCCCUGUCACCAUGCCGAUGCGCAGCACACAGUACAUCGGAACCUCGCUCUACAUUGACGACAGCGGUGCGUUCAAAGGUCUGCCCCUGAACUAUCGUGCCAGCAAGCUCGCACAGCGCGAAAUUCGCGGCGAUGCAUUUCUGUUGUCAAACCAUGACGACCCUGCUCUCGAUGAGUGGGGGCGGGUUGACUGCCCCUUGCAGCGUUACGAGGAGCUCUACACAGACUCACCAAAGGUCGCUUAUGACCCAUCCAACCAAGCCCAAAUGACACAAGCCGCAAAGCUUCGAGAGAACGAGGCAAAAAAGAUUAGCGUGGAGGACUACGAGAAAGCGCAGCAGGCGAAGGAGGAUGGAAAUCGACUCUUUACCGCUAACGAUUUGCCUGCGGCUGUGCAGGCCUAUAGCAUGACGGUGGACUUGACUGAUGGGCGGCGAGAUUUAUUGCCGAAUGAAGAAGCCGCUACGCAGCUGCGCCUCUCAGCGUUGCUGAACCGGUGCUUGUGCUUCACGAGACUCAAGAAGUUCCCGAAGGCAGUCAAGGACGCGCAAGCAGCUGCCUACCUGGAUCCCAAGUCGCUCAAAGCGUACUACCGCCUCACGUACGCGCUUUGCGGUGCGCAAGAGUAUGAGGCAGCGGGGCAGGCAUGCGAAACGUAUGCCCAGCUCGGCGGUGCGGAGGAAGAUGUGGCGGCAAUGCGCACGGCCAUCGCGGCGGGUGAAGCGGAGGUGAAGAAAACACAGAAGCAGAUGUUCUCCAAGAUGUUCCGCUCGUAG